AUGUUAGCCCCACGUUAUUAGGAAAAUGACUAUAUUGGAAAACAACAUUAUUUAAUGUUCAGGGCAUAUAAUUAAAAUUUUACUUCAUAUUAUAAACUAUAUUUUUCAAUAAUUUAUGAAAACUAUUUAUUAUUUCCUCGAAAUUUGCAUCAUAAAUAGACUUAUUACAUAUAGAAUAAAGGGGAAAUUAAAAUUAAUCCUAGAACUCUUUUUUAUGGAAACAUUUAAAAUUAUACAGCAAAUUGCGAUGAAUGCAAAUCCUUUAAUAUUACAUAACCUAUUGCUUUUAGCAAUUCAUAAUCUAUAAAUAUUUCUGUUGAAAAUAUCUUGAAUUCUAAUGAUUUAGUCUAUUUAACAGAUUAAUAAAAUAACUUAUAUUAAUUUUAUCCUGAAACUAAUCAGUUAUCAAUGCUAUAUAAUUUAUCAGAUUAAGGCCAUUAAAAAUGCAAUUUUCUUUUUAUCGAGAUGCAAAAUUCUUUUCCUGUACAAAUUUGUACUGGAAAAUCAACUAUAAUAUACGCUUAUAACAUAUCUUCAAAUUAAAUAAUCAAACAUAAUUUGAUUGAAGUAUGCUGUUUUUAUUACUCAAGUUAUCAAAAUGGUAUGUUAACAGUAUUUUCUAAUGGUAAAUUUUAAGGCUUAGAUUAUUUUGUUUUUUAUUUUUGGAUUUCCAAUAAUGAAAUUAAUCUCAAGUAAAUUUUCAAUUCUAAUGGAGUAUGUCAUUAUUGUUUGAUAAGUCCUCUUUAUUUAAGUAUGUCAUAAAAUUUUACUAAUUAACCUUGUUAAAUAUUUGGACUUAUAUCAACUUCAAUCGAUGGUUCAGGUAAUAAUGAAAUUUUUCUUUUAAAACAUUGCAUCUCUUCAACAAUGAGUUAAAUUUUUGGUUUUGAACCUAAUUAAACUAUUACAUCUGGGAAUAUUUAUUUUUAAAGUUCUACUUGGUAUUUAAUUUAAACAAAAUUUAUUAGUUUUUCGUUUAGUUAAAUUACUAAAUAAUUUGGAUCCUCAGAAUAAAUUUCUGAUAAUGUUAUUUAAGUCAAAUUAAUAGUUUCAUAUUUUAAUGUUGUUGAGUUGUAUAUGGUUUUAUUUAAUUAAACAACAGGUAAUCUCAUUAGUUUUGUUUUGGAUUAGGGUUUUGAUAUAGACUUUAACGAAACUGUAGCAUCUUUUUAAGUAAGUUAAGGAUCAAAUGGCUUGUUAAUGAUAGAAAGUUUUUCAAAAAAGAACACAUUCCCUCCUCAAAUCUAUACAUAUGAAGCACAUAAAUUUGAAAUACAAUACGAAACAAAAAAAUUAAAUAGAAUGAUAGGAUUCGAAAUAAUAUAAGCUCAGUCUUCCGAAGUAUAUAGUGUAUUAUCUGGUAAUUAUUAUGCUAUUAGAAAUAAAACCAAUUCAUUAUUAUAUUAUGUUUAGAAUUAUCUUACUCUUUCUGUUGAUUUAACUGGUAUUGAAAAUACAUCUAUUGAAAUUACAAGCUAUAAUCCAUAAAAUUAAAUAAAUUAAUCAUUAUUUAUUUAGAAUCUAUAUUAUCGAAACAAUAGUAAUAAUAAUGAAACACCUAUAAAUAAUAAUACAAAUAUUCCUGAUAAUCCUAUUAUUCCUGAUAAUCCAAAUUCAACAGACUCAGAUGUUCAAGAUAAUUCACAUCAUAUAACAUUACUUAUACUCUACUGUUGCAUGAUUAUUUUGUUAUUUAUUGUUUUGUUAGCACCUAAAUGUUGUUACAAACUAAAAAAGGCAUAUAAGGCACCUUCUUUUAAUUUUGAACUAAUUGAGAAGUGA